CCUAUUCCAGAGUGAACGCUAUAUAAGAGGGGUGUACAUUGUGAAAAACUAUUCUGACCUAAAAGAGGGCAACAUACUUCAACCAUGAUCCUGUCAGCUUGUUUGUGCCUGGUCCUGCUCAACUUGGGGUUGACAUCCGCAGUCGUCCAUGAUAGUGAUGAUAAGGCCACAGAAAUCAAUUACUAUGUAGUAAUAAAUUUUCAGCGGAGAUACAAUGACGAUUUUCCUGCUCUGGAGAAAAAACUUGAGGACGCAUCACGACAAUGCGAACUGAAAAUCAACACAACGAUCGAUACCUGUUUGGCCUGUAUUAAAAGAAACCAAAAUUCUGGCCAUUCACCAGGAAGUGUCGGAUUUGAUCAAGUUAUUUUAGGUAUUAUCCCAGCCCCCUUCCGUACUGGGUUGGACAAGUUUGGUAAAGGAUUGAAUUUCGCAAAGAAAAUCCCAAAUUUUAUUACAGGCACCAUUCCAAAGACAGCCGAAAACGUCGGAAAAGAGGUCGGUAAAUUUGUCACUGGUACGAUUCCGAACACUGCCAAAAAUAUUGGCAAGGAGUUUGGUACCUUCUUCACCGGCACAUUACCUGGAGUUACUAAAAAUGUAGGAAAGGAAUUAGGCACAUUCUUCACCGGCACGAUACCGAAAGUAGGCAAAACAAUCGGCAAUGGCUUCAAAAGUUUUGGUAACUCUUUGAAAGAUUUGUUCGGACGCAGAAGGAGAAGGGCAGCAUCGGUUUGUCCUUCCUGCGACAAAAUUGACAGCGACAAGUUAACUGCAGAGGAGAUCCGGAGGGCUGUGUGCGGACAAGAAUUAUUCAACAUCUUUGAAGAAUACGUCGAUGCAUCAAACGUCUUCCAGUGGCUGGCAGAUGAAAACGCUAUCGUUACCAAGGUGUCGUUCAAUACAGAUGAUACAACUAGUAAACCUCUACAGAAAAUUUUUACUGUGAAGCCGUUCACUGUCACCUACAGUAUUGGAGCUGGUGCUGCUUCAAAUGAGUACACAGAAACCAACGCAAUACUGGACAUCAACGACUACACCAAUGCUGCAUUUGGCGAUGCCCUUGCUAACAAAAUCUGGAAGGAAUACGUUCCUGGAGCUGCAGCGUAAUCAACGGUUAACAAAUCAACAGUUUUUCCUUGUUGUACUCUCACCUCUCACUGUUCUCAUUACUACAAUAUUAUAUUUUCUUAAUACAUUUUGUUUACAUUUUUCUUUUUAACCUAACUCAAUAAAUAUUUCUUCAAAGC